CCCCGUGUCCCGGGGCUGCUGCAGCCACUUCUCUAGGGCCCGCGGCCUCAAUGUCCUUACCCCGGUGUGCCCUGUUGUGGGCUCGGCUGCCGGCGGGGCGCCACCCGGGCCACCGGGCAGCCGUCUGCUCGGCCCUUCGCGCUCACCUGGGGCCCUUUCCCGGGGCUGCAGGGCGGGUUUGCGCCCUUGCCUCUGACUCCUCUGCCUCUGGGGGCUCCAAAGCCCCGAACACGUCCUUGUUCGUGCCGCUGACAGUGAAACCUCAGGGCCCCAGCGCCGAUGGCGACGUCGGGGCCGAGCUAACCCGCCCUCUGGACAAGAAUGAAGUGAAGAAGAUCUUAGACAAGUUUUAUAAGAGGAAGGAAAUUCAGAAACUCGGUGCUGACUAUGGACUUGAUGCUCGUCUCUUCCAUCAGGCUUUCAUAAGCUUCAGGAACUACAUCAUGCAGUCCCAGUCCCUGGACGUGGACAUCCACAUUAUCCUGAAUGACAUUUGCUUCAGUGCGGCUCACGUGGAUGAUUUAUUUCCAUUUUUCUUGAGGCAUGCAAAACAGAUAUUUCCUGUUUUGGAAUGUAAGGAUGAUUUACGUAAAAUCAGUGAUUUAAGAAUACCACCUAAUUGGUAUCCAGAAGCCAGAGCCAUAAAGAGGAAGAUAAUUUUCCAUUCGGGUCCUACCAACAGUGGAAAGACUUACCAUGCCAUCCAGAAAUACUUGUCAGCUAAAUCUGGAGUGUACUGUGGCCCUUUAAAGCUACUGGCACAUGAGAUCUUUGAAAAGAGUAAUGAUGCUGGUGUGCCGUGUGACUUGGUGACGGGUGAGGAGCGCGUGGUAGUGGAGCAGGACGGGAGACAGGCCGCCCAUGUCGCUUGUACUGUGGAGAUGUGCAGUGUUUCAACGCCUUAUGAAGUGGCCGUGAUCGAUGAAAUCCAAAUGAUUAAAGAUCCAGCCAGAGGAUGGGCCUGGACCAGAGCACUUCUAGGACUCUGUGCUGAAGAAGUCCAUUUGUGUGGAGAAUUUGCUGCUAUAGACCUGGUCACUGAGCUUAUGUAUACAACUGGGGAGGAAGUGGAGGUUCGGAACUACAAGCGGCUUACUCCCAUUUCUGUGCUGGAUCACGCCCUGGAAUCUCUAGACAAUCUCCGGCCGGGGGACUGCAUUGUCUGUUUCAGCAAGAAUGAUAUUUACUCUGUGAGCCGACAGAUUGAAAUCCGGGGGCUGGACUCAGCUGUCAUCUAUGGCAGCCUCCCACCUGGGACCAAACUUGCUCAAGCAAAAAAGUUCAAUGAUCCCGAUGAUCCAUGCAAAAUUUUGGUUGCCACAGAUGCGAUUGGCAUGGGACUGAAUUUAAGCAUACGAAGAAUUAUAUUUUACUCCCUUAUAAAGCCCAGUAUCAAUGAAAAGGGAGAAAAAGAACUCGAGCCCAUCACUACCUCCCAGGCUUUGCAGAUUGCUGGCAGAGCUGGUCGAUUCAGCUCAAAAUACAAGGAAGGAGAGGUGACAACAAUGAACCGGGAAGACCUCAGUUUGUUGAAGGAAAUUAUGAAUAGGCCAGUGGAUCCUAUAAAGGCAGCUGGUCUCCAUCCAACUGCUGAACAGAUUGAGAUGUUUGCCUACCAUCUCCCUGAUACGACGCUUUCCAAUCUCAUUGAUAUUUUUGUAGACUUCUCACAAGUUGAUGGGCAGUAUUUUGUUUGCAACAUGGAUGAUUUUAAAUUUUCUGCAGAGUUGAUCCAGCACAUCCCACUGAGCCUCCGGGUGAGGUAUGUCUUCUGCACCGCCCCCAUCAACAAGAAGCAGCCUUUCGUCUGCUCCUCCUUGUUACAGUUUGCCAGGCAGUUUAGCAGGAAUGAGCCCCUGACCUUUGCCUGGUUACGCCGAUAUAUAAAAUGGCCAUUGCUCCCACCCAAGAAUAUCAAAGACCUCAUGGAUCUGGAAGCCAUUCACGACGUGCUGGAUCUUUACCUGUGGCUCAGCUACCGCUUUAUCGACAUGUUCCCAGAUGCCAGCCUGAUCCGGGAGCUGCAGAGAGAGCUGGACGGGAUCAUCCAAGAAGGUGUGCACAACAUCACCAAACUCAUCAAGACCUCAGAGUCGCGCAAGCUCUUGAACCUGCAGAAUGUGCCAGCAGAGAGCCAGGCCCGUCUGUCAGGAGCACUGAGGGGCCAAGCUCGAAGGCUGCGGGUCCCCAAAACUGGAGGGAGGAAAGCUGCCGAGACCCAGGGCGCGGAGGCUGGGGAGAAGUCGCUGGCUUCCAGGCUGGUGCAGCAGGGCCUCCUGACAGCCGACAUGCUGAGGCAGCUGGAGAGAGAGUGGCAGACGCAGCAGACCGAGGCCUACCCAAAAGGCGUGCGGCGGAAGAAGAAGGAACCCGAUUCAGAUUAGUUUUAUCUUAUUUAUUUUUGGAAAUAAAACUGUUUAAAAAUC